GCAACGCCGAUUUUCGCGGCAAAGGAAUUUAGUGAGUAGUCUCUUUCUCUCAACAAACGACUUUGAAUUAGCAGGUUGUGAAUUUUAAGUUAUUACGUUGAAAUAGUUUAAGAAUGGCCGAGAAUCUGGAUGAUAUUUGUGACAUUGAUGCAUUAGCAGAGCUGCUGGAUGAAGAUGAAUUUCUACCAUCCUCUUCAACUGCUGUCUCUGAAUUACAACAAAGCGAGUCUGAUGUUCUCAAGAAAAAGUUGGAAGACAUGGAAAAGCAGAUGGCCAUAUUGAAGGAUCAACUGAAACAGAAAAAUGAUGUGAAACCUGCAGCACCGGGAUUGAAAGAUGUUGGGUUAAAUUUCAAACCAAACCCUGACAGUCUGAAGCCUGUCAAUUCAGAAACAUCUAGUUUGAUACAUACGCAAGAGUCUGAUAGUUCAGAAGAUGAGGAAGGAAACCGAAGUGUAAAUAAGUAUAAUGAAUUUGGUCAAUUUGUGAAACAACGUCUUGCCCAUGAACCUGUAGUAGAUAGGCUUACGGGACAGAAGUGCUCCCCAGGAUGGAAAACUAACCAAGGCGCAUUAACCAAACUUAGUGGAGCUUGUGCCAAAGCAACUGAAUCCCCAACUGCAGAUAAUGGAUUUACUGAUGCAUUUUUUGGCAUUAAAAUUAUCAAUCCACUUAUUGGUUCAAGUACUCUUAUGCAAAGAAUGGAAGGCAGGAAACAAAUCAAAGCAUCCCAAAUCAAAAUACAUAUGAGAGGUGGUGACAUCAAGGAUGAUUGGGUUACAAUGGCAGUUGUGGUAUCUAAAAGUGAACCAAGAACUUCACAGAAGGGUAAAAAAUACGCCAUCUGGAAGCUAAGCGACUUAAAAGAUUGCACCAAACAAGUGUCGUUUUUCUUAUUUGGUGAAGUAUUUAAUAAUCACUGGAAGAUGGCAAUCGGGUCUGUCAUUGGAAUACUAAACCCGAAUUUUAUGAAAGAGAGCAAAGCUGAUGAGAUAAGCUUCACAGUUGAUCAUCACCAGAAAGUCCUUCAUAUUGGAGGCUCAAAGGAUUUGGGCUGGUGCCGUGCAAAUCGUAAAGAUGGAAAUCGUUGCCCUUCCUUUGUAAAUAAAUCUGAAUGUGAAUUCUGUAUAUAUCACGUCCAAAACGAAUUCAAGAAAACUAGCGCUAAACGAUCAGAAAUCCAGUCUCAUUUUUCAGGAACUGGGCUUUCUACAAAAGAUCGACUGAAGCAGAAAGUCUUGGGGAAAAACGAGGUGUUUUAUGGAGGCCAAAUGUUUACAGGAAAAGUGGUAGCGCCACCCGCUUCCAAAGUAAAAGAUAACAAGAUCUUGGACAGUCUUAAAAUGCAGAAUCAUGCUCUAAGACUAAAAGAGGAAGAAGAAAAUUUGGCAAAAAAAAGUAUCCAGGCACAGUUCUCUGAGCGUUUGUUAAAUCCGACAGCCGGGAGUAGGAACUUGCUAAAGUGUCUGGAAAAGUCAAAGGAUUCAAAGGAAUCCCCGAGCGCCUCUUCUCCGACACCACCUGUGAAAUCGAUCACUGCGAAAGAUUUACUCCUGCAACACCAGCAAAAACUUUUAGAAAUGAAAGCUAUUCAAAUGAAGACUAGUAAAAUUGCUUUAUCAUCUCCCCAACUAGGUCGUGGACUAGUGCAAAAUCAAAAUGAAAUUGAGCUUUCUGCUGAGGUGAGGCUUCCUAAGUCGCAUCCAAGAAUGAUGUCGGCCAAAUUAAAAGCAUUGCAACUUGUUAGACUGAAAGGGCCGCUGCAGCCGUCAGACCCAAACGAUCCCAUUCAAAAAGCGACCACUCCUAAAAUGCAGGCAAAAAUUAGGAAACGUGCGCUUGACACGUCGGGUGACGAGGAUGCUACGGAAAUCAGCAGUGGUCUUGUGGAUACUCCGAGGCCCUUAAAAAGAACUAAAGCCGAGUUAGACGAACUAUUACAGGCGAAGUCUGCGCACUCUAAUUUAGUUGAUGAAUUUGAAGUCAAACAAAGUGAGCAAUAUUUUUCGAAACUUGAAAGAAAGGAACAAAUGGAGACAAAAAUGCUUGACACGUUUGAAAUCAAAACCACUGCAAUCACUUGCACAAAAUGCAAUUAUACAGCGUUAUCUGCCUCUGAAUUAUGUCGUCGAGAAGGACACUCAGUUCGCACAAUUAAAGCCGUGAAAAGGUUUUUCCAGUGCAAAGAUUGCAAACAAAGAACCAUUAGCCUUGAUAGGCUUCCUAAGCGUCCCUGCUCGCACUGUGGAAGCUCGAACUGGGAUAGAGCAGCGAUGGCGAAGGAACGUAAAGGCCCUACCCUCCCCAUUGAGGAACUUCUAAUACGUGGUGAAGAAAGGAAACACGUUAACUGCUGAGACGCCAAUGCCAACCUCUUUAUACGGUUCAAGAUGACAAGUUUCUCUUCAAGUUACCAUUUUUUAAUCUUUUUUUAUAAGCCCUAAUUUUUAUUUUUUAAUCUGACAAUCGUGUAUUUUGUCUGCGGCAGGCUUAAUUUUUU